UUCCAGCUGUAAUCCCAGUGCCGCUUUUUGGGGGAGCUGCUUUCCAGCACUGGAGCAAAGAAAAAGCAUGACCAGUCCCGGUCAGGCAGCUCUGGACAGUAGGCAGGCUGGACAGAUGCUGCUAGGGCCAUCCCCACCCCUGCAGGGCUCCAGCAGUCAGGGGCUAGGGAAUGUGGGAGGGGCUGGGGUGGCCUUGGCAGGACAGCAGACCCCGUUCAGAGGGACAGGGUACAGCCCAGGACCGGGCCGAGAGAGGCGUCUGAACAGGAUGUGCCGGUCUCAAGCGGGGUGCUGGUGCCCACACUCAGCCCCGUUGGAGGGGGCAGAGCAGACCUCGGACCUUCUCUCCGUCCCAUUCCUGCAGGCUUUGCCAUGGUGACAGCGGCUGGGGACAGCGUGGUCCGGGUGGUGGUGCGGGUGCGGCCUCCCACCCCUCGGGAGCUGGAGAGCCAGCGGCCGCCUGUGGUGCAGGUGGUGGAUGACCAGGUACUGGUAUUCGACCCCGAGGAGCCUGCCAGGGGCCUCCCUGCCCUCCAGUGGGGCGGCACCCACGACGGCCCGAAGAAGAAGGGCAAAGACCUGACGUUUGUCUUUGACCGAGUGUUCGCGGAGGGGGCCACGCAGCAGGAUGUGUUCCAGCACACCACCCGCGGCAUCCUGGACAGCUUCCUGCAGGGCUACAACUGCUCGGUGUUUGCCUACGGGGCCACCGGUGCUGGGAAGACACACACCAUGCUGGGCCAGGAUGGGGACCCCGGCAUCAUGUACCUGACCACCAUGGAGCUCUAUCGGCGUCUGGAGGCCCUUCAGGAGGAGAAUAGAUUCGAGGUGUCCGUCAGCUACCUGGAGGUCUACAAUGAACAGAUCCACGACCUGCUGGAGCCCAAGGGGCCGCUGAAGAUCUGCGAGGACUCCACCAAGGGCGUGGUGGUGCAGGGCCUGUCCUUCCACCAGCCUGCCUCAGCCAAGCAGCUGCUGGAGAUGCUGAGCCAGGGGAACCGUAGCCGCACCCAGCACCCCACUGAUGCCAACGCCACAUCCUCCCGCUCCCACGCCAUCUUCCAAGUCUUCGUGAGGCAGCAGAACCUCGUGCCGGGACCAGUGCAGACCCUGCGGGUGGCCAAGAUGAGCCUAAUCGACCUGGCAGGCUCUGAGCGGGCAUCCAGCACCCACGCCCGGGGCGAGCGGCUGCGCGAGGGGGCCAACAUCAAUCGCUCCCUGCUGGCCCUCAUCAGCGUCCUCAACGCCCUGGCCGACGCCAAGGUGAGGUGCACACCGGACCCCACCUGCCCUGGCUUGGGACUGGACAAGCACCCGAACCCAUGGCUGGCCCCAAGCCUGGGCCCUGUCUGCCAGCCUGGCCCCUGCUCCACCCAGGGUCGCAGGGCACACGUGCCCUACCGGGACAGCAAGCUGACCCGCCUGCUAAAGGACUCCCUUGGGGGCAACUGCCGCACCGUGAUGAUCGCCAACAUCAGCCCCGCAGACCUGGCCUACGAGGACACCUACAACACCCUCAAGUACGCCGACCGGGCCAAGGAAAUCCGGCUUACGCUGAAGAGCAACGUGGUCACCCUGGACUGUCACAUCAGCCACUACGUCAGCGUCUGUCAGCAGCUGCGGGCUGAGGUGGCCGCCCUGAGGAAAAAGCUGCAGGAGUAUGAGGUGACAGCGCAGGCCCCGAGUUGCCUCCCAGGUGUGGUUCAGUGUCUCCUCAAACCCUUGGCCACUGCCCUUGGUCAUGAAUGCUGUGGGCUCUGCCGCCCAGGAUCCAGAAACCCCUCCCCCCACAUCCUAUCUCCAGCUCAUCCCCUCCACCUCCCCAGCUCCCUCUCACUGCUCGGCACCCCCAGCCAGCCCUGCACCCCAAGGCUCCCCCCAGGGACUGGAACCCAACAGGACCAGAGCCCAGAGAUAGAGGCCCAGGAGCAGGCCCUGGAAAGGAGCUCUGCAGACCAGGCACGGCCCGGACGCAGCCAGGAUGGAGGCCCUGCCAAGGUUCCAGCCCAGGUGCCAGAGCUGAGCCCCAGAUGCUCAGAUUCCAGGAUGCCUGGUCUGAUCCUGCCACCCUCGCCAGCCUCAGGGCCCAAGCCUCACGGGGACCAGACUGGGUGGCUGGCCCUGCGGGUGCUGCGCCUGGCCCAGCAGCAGUAUGCGCUGCUCCAGGUCACUGGCCUGCUCACCCCUGACCUGACUGCAGAACUGGAGACCCUGCAGCAGCUGGUGCAGGAAGCAGAUGCCGAUUCCGGGGCCAAGAGCUGCAGCAUGCUAGGCCCGGCCGGAGUGGCCCCUCCGUCUCAGGAGCUGUACUCAGAGCCCCGGUCUCCAGACUACCUUGGCCCUGUGACCCGGACCAUGGCAAGGCGACAGAGUGGCCUCACACACACCCUGGGCCUCCCCAUGGGGCCCGACAGCAUCCCAGCCCCUGCGCCCCGAGAGCCUACAAAGAAGAAGAGGAGACCGAGCCCCAUCGAGUCCGAUGGUCCCCUGGCCCCGAGGCAGAAGACCAAGCGCCAGCGCCAGUCCUCUCUGCCCUGCCCGAGGCAGGGGCUGCUGCCUAAGCCCUGCACCCCCUCGGCGGCCCAGGCCUCCCUGACCUGCCACUCCCCUCGCCUCUGCCCAGCCACCAUCAUCAAACGCCGGGCGCCCCUGGGCCCUUCGGCCCUGCAGAACUGUUCCCCAUCCCUGGGCCUGCCCACCCGCGACCUCAAUGCCACCUUUGACCUCUCUGAGGAGCUCCCCUCACUCAGCUUCCAGGGACAGUACGGGCCUGGCCAGCCCUGCGUCCCCAGUAGACCAGAGUUCCUGUUCACUGAGCAGGGCCCCAAGCCUGCAUCCUCCCUGCCCAGGACCUCAGCCUGCAAGAAGAGGCACCCAGUGAGUUCCUCUGUCCCCCGGGGCCGCAGCCGCAUUGCCCGCCUGCCCAGCAGCUCCUUGAAGAGGCCAGCAGGGCCCCUCGCCAUCCCAGAGCCACCCUCGAGGCUGAAGACCCAGGAGAAGCCGCCGAGGGCUGGAGUCCGCAUCACCCGGGUGUCCUGACCCCCUUGCUGCCACCCAGCCUGGCACUUGGUGUCAGCACCCGUCCUUGCCACCCCACUCCUGAUGAUUCCACUACCACCCUCUUCCCUAGCAGGUGGCGCUCAGCCUCCCAGCACAUCCUGGCAUGUCAGUGUGGGCAGUUUUGAAGGGUGCUGUCUGCCGUGCCCAUCUGAGUCCACCCCGGAUGCUGCAGUGGGGAGCAGGUGCUGGGGGCCUGGCAUGGCUCCUGGUGACCCAACAGGGCGUCCUCAGCCCGGCUUCCCUCCACGGAGGAGGGCCAUCGUCUGUGUGCAGGGUCAGCUUCGUGCCUCCUGGGUGUAAAUGCCGGUGAACACGGGUUGUACUCCGAUCUCCCGUCUGUACAUAGAACGUGCACACAAGUGGACACAGGUGUAUCUUUCCCACAGUGAUUAAUAAACCUUUGGUACCUACACAGGGAGCGACACCUCCACCCUUAGACCUCAAGGGACUGUGAGUGUGGCCUCCCCGAUCCGGCCACCCACCCUCAGGCCCCAGCUGGAUGUGGGAUCGCGGGGUCCACACAGCUCCCCUCUCUGCAAAGGCAGCGCUGGCUGAACAGGUUAACUGAACAGGAUUACGGGAGCCUGUGUUGAUUUGCUUCUGAGCACAAACAUGUUAAGGGCAUUUAGCACAGGGCCAGUCUCGGGUGGGCAACCAAGCCGUUUGGGGAGCAGCUCCCCGCCGACUGUGUCUGCUUGGUCCUGACCACAUCAGAGGAGUAAGGGCAGCACCACCCCGGCCAGAACUGCCACAGAGCUUCCCUGCUGGAAGAGGUGAAUAAGGAAGACGGGCUCCAGGGAGAGGCAGCGAGGUGGUCCCUGCCUUCGGAAGCAGCAGGAGCCCCUGCAUUCAUCCUGCUAUUGCUUCCCCUGCAAGGCUGUGCCCGGGGCAGCUUCAUAUCUGCAGCCCCGACCCCAGCGCCUGCUAGCCUGGGCAGGAUGCAGACUAACUUCUGGGGCCCCAAAACCUCCCUUGGCCGUCAGCGCACCAGGCACAGAGGCAGCAGGCAGGGCGCAUGCGGGGUUCAAGGUAGGGGCACAGAGGUCAC